CUUUCUGGUACGUCCACAAUGGUACAGACAGCAUCUUGCAGUACAAUGGUUGCAAGACGGUAAACGGGGAGUGAUUCAGCAUUGCAAUCGUAAUUUCUAGGCUAUACCGCUAUUUUUUUCUUCCAUCGCUGCAUUUGUUUUUAGUUAUCUCCAUGUUCACGUUUAUUUUUCUGUGUGUGCUAAGUCGUUAAAUGUCUCCCGUCUGAAUGUUUUGAACAGAACUGUCACCGGCCAAGGAUCGUCGUCAGCUGGCACGGAAUGGUAUUUAUGAGCAGGCAUUUCUUCUAUUACUGCAGUGAACCAGUCCUAGAUGUGAAAAUAGCCUUUUGUCAGGGUUUUGGUAAACAAUUGGAUGUGUCAUACAUUGGUAAGCAUUACAACAUGAGCAAAUGCAAAGUGGACAACCAGUUCUACAGUGUGGAAGUAGGAGAUUCCACCUUCACAGUUCUCAAACGUUACCAGAAUCUAAAACCCAUCGGUUCUGGAGCUCAGGGAAUCGUCUGUGCCGGGUACGAUGCAGUCCUCGACAGAAACGUGGCCAUCAAGAAGCUCAGCAGACCCUUUCAGAACCAGACCCAUGCCAAGAGGGCAUACAGGGAACUGGUGCUCAUGAAAUGUGUCAAUCACAAAAAUAUCAUCAGUUUAUUAAAUGUUUUCACACCACAGAAAUCACUAGAAGACUUUCAGGAUGUGUACCUGGUGAUGGAGCUGAUGGAUGCCAACCUAUGCCAGGUGAUUCAGAUGGAGCUAGACCAUGAGAGAAUGUCCUACCUGCUCUACCAGAUGCUGUGUGGCAUCAAACACCUGCACUCAGCUGGAAUUAUACACAGGGACCUGAAACCUAGCAAUAUAGUGGUGAAGUCUGAUUGUACGCUGAAGAUCCUGGACUUUGGCCUGGCCAGGACUGCAGGCACCAGCUUCAUGAUGACCCCGUACGUGGUGACACGGUACUACAGAGCUCCAGAGGUCAUUCUGGGCAUGGGGUACAAAGAGAACGUGGAUAUAUGGUCGGUGGGGUGCAUUAUGGGAGAAAUGGUGCGUCACAAAAUCCUGUUCCCUGGCCGUGACUAUAUCGACCAAUGGAAUAAGGUGAUUGAGCAGCUGGGCACGCCCUCACCAGAGUUUAUGAAGAAGCUGCAGCCCACUGUCCGUAACUAUGUAGAGAACAGACCCAAAUACGCAGGCCUCACCUUUCCCAAGCUCUUCCCCGACUGCCUCUUCCCUGCAGACUCAGAGCACAACAAACUCAAAGCUAGCCAGGCCAGAGAUCUGUUGUCUAAGAUGUUGAUUAUUGAUCCAGCCAAGCGGAUACAAGUGGACGAAGCCUUACAGCAUCCCUACAUCAACGUUUGGUACGACCCAGCCGAGGUGGAGGCGGCCAGGGAUCCCGUCCAAAUAUCAAUGCCUCCUCCUGCUAUCUACGACAAACAGCUGGAUGAGAGAGAACACUCUAUCGAUGAAUGGAAAGAACUAAUCUACAAAGAGGUGAUGAACUUUGAGGAGAGGACGAAGAACGGGGUGAUGAAGGGACAACCCUCUCCCUCAGGUACUCUCAGUGCAUAACCUAGUCCCUCUCACAGGUGCAGCCGUGAACAGCAGUGGUGAGAGCCUCCCUUCCCCCUCCGUCAACGAUAUCUCCUCCAUGUCCACUGACCAGACCCUGGCCUCAGACACCGACAGCAGCCUGGAGACCUCCGCAGGACCCCUGGGGUGUUGCAGGUGACUAGCAGCCUGCCUGCGCAACCCAAUGUUCUUCAGAAGGUGAAACGCUAUGUCCAAACAACCAACCAACCCACCGAAACCUGAAAAAGAACAAAGAUUAUUCAAAUGAAAAAAGGGAUUUUUUAGAAAAUGCAAAGAAUAACGGUUAUGAAAGUUAAGCCUGCAUUUUCAUUUAAAAAGAAACCACAAAAGUAUAAGGAAAAAACUGAAAUAAUACAUUUAUGAAUUUCUAGUUACUUUACUUAUACACCCCAUCCCCCCCAAAAAAUAUGGCACCAUAAAAUGUUUUAAAAAACACUGAGACAGGCAUCUUUCUGUGAAGUGUAAAUUGACUGGCUGCUGGUAACCCAAUUCCUUGCAAGCGCCUGUGCGUCAGUCGAUGUGGCAAGGUGGGCCCUUUUCAUACAUUACUGUACAGCAAUAUAUAAACCUCCAUUCACUUUCCCCUAUGUGAGUGUAUUGCUAUGUUUUAAUAACCUCUAGGUUUGGUCCUUGGGGUUGUCUCCUGUGUGGUUGACAGAUUGGUGUGUUUUCAUGUAAUUAUUUCCAAAGGGGUUAGUGCUAGUGCUCGACACUGCAUAGCACCCCCGCCCUUUGUAAAUAUGUAAUUCUGUACAGCUGUGAGCCAGACACACAGACAGACACACAGACACACAGACAGACAGACACACAGACAGACAGACACACAGACAGACAGACACACAGACAGACAGACACACAGACAGACACACAGACAGACAGACAGACAGACAGACAGACAGACAGACAGACAGACAGACAGACAGACAGACAGACAGACAGACAGACAGACAGACAGACAGACAGACAGACAGACAGACAGACAGACAGACAGACAGGGACUGACGGCCAGUAAUGGAAGUUCUUCUAUAGCACACCUUGCCACAUGACAUCACCACCUUGACCCCUGACAUUUGACCCCUAACCUUUCACCUUAGUUUGACCCCUUGCCUUUUAGUCCUGCUGCAUGAUUACAAAAGCUAACACUAAUUAUAUGAUAAAUUACAACUAUAGAUACUGUGGGUGGACAGACCCACCAACAGCCUUGCAUGUCAUUCCCAAUGUCACCUAACCCCAACCAGGGAGGUCACUCAUUCUGUUUCUGUGUCACUACUUUGGUGUGAAGGAGAGAAGUUCAGGAGACAGUCGCCUUAUAUGUGUGUUACUGUCGGAAGCACAGAACAGUUUGGGGGGGUUUACCUCAUAGUUUAGUUUUUAGUUUUGUUCCUCAAAUCGCAUCCAUUUUAAUUUACAUUGAAUGAGUACUACUGUAAUUAGAGGUCGACCGAUUAUGAUUUUUCAACGCCGAUACCGAUUAUUGGAGGUUCGAAAAAAGACGAUGCCGAUUAAUCGGCCGAUUGUUUUUAUUUAUUUGUAAUAAUGGCAAUUACAACAAUACUGAAUGAACACUUGUUUUAACUUAAUAUAAUACAUCAAUAAAAUCAAUUUAGCCUCAAAUAAAUAAUGAAACAUGUUCAAUUUGGUUUAAAUAAUGCAAAAACAAAGUGUUGGAGAAGAA